GAUACAAAAGGCUUCUCGGCGCUUUCUUCCUUCCUCACUUGUCAUGGUUGCUGCGGUCGAACGGAGGAGUCGGACUUUCGCGCUGUUGUGGGAGUACAAAUAACAUCCGGUGUGCCGAGGGUGGAGGAUUUCCAUUCUACUAAACCCCAAACGUGCAGUGUGUUGUGUAGCAUAAAGGGCAACGAAAGUAUUCGCCGAAGUUUGCUGGAGUGGGAGAGAACCGCAGCGUCCGUGAAAUUCCUCGUGACGCAUACAGCGAACAAAUACAGCGAGGGAUAUCUAUCUACCCAGCAAUACCCGAACACACAAAGCAGAGCGCCGCAACAUGAAAAUCUGGACCUCAGAACACGUCUUUAACCAUCCGUGGGAGACCGUAGCACAGGCCGCCUGGCGCAAAUACCCCAACCCCAUCAACACAGCCGUCAUCGGUACCGAUGUGGUGGAGCGAAGGGUCGUCGACGGAGUCCUGCACACGCAUCGGCUGGUCAGCUCCAAAUGGUAUUUCCCACAGUGGGCACAAAAGCUCAUUGGUUCACCGAACGUGUGCUACGCCAGCGAAAAGUCGACCGUCGAUCCGAAGGAACGGUUGAUGACGCUCAAAACGAUCAACCUCACCUUUGGCAGCUUCCUUUCAGUGUACGAAACGCUCAGCUACGUUCCACACCCGACCGACCCGUCGAAAACGUUGCUUAAGCAGGAAGCCACCGUACAGGUGGAGGGAGUCCCGCUAAACCGAUACAUGGAGGACGUGUUGACGAAAAACAUUAGCACAAACGCGGGCAAGGGCCGGCAGGGAUUGGAAUGGGUAAUAGGAAAGCUGAAUGCUGAGAUGAAAGAACUGGCCAACAGUGCGGCAACCAGCACGAACGAAAUUCUGACACAGACCAAAAAAUCGCUGGACGACAUCACGGACCAGGCCCGCAAGAGCAUGGACGAGCUGAGUGCAACCGCUCAGAAGAUACACAUAUAGUAACAAACGCUGCAAGGCGGCGGCGGCGGCGGCGGCGGCAUCGGCUACCUCAGUGGCCAGCGGUGGGCCGGUGGACGGUGAACCCCGAACGCCGGACGGCAGUGGCGGUGGUAAAGCCGGUGAUGCUGGAGCACCACCACCAACACCAACAAUCCAGCCGGGACCAUCGUCCCUUCCGACGAAAUCAUCAUCGUUUUUCGGGCAGCAAACAAGCAACAGUUCCUUCACCGUUCCUUCUACCAGCAAAGCAAAGCCGACUGGUGGUGGUGUUGCUGCUUCUGCCAAAAGUGCCAGCAGUACCAGCAGCACGCUGACGAGAGAAAAUUCAAGAAAGGCAACAAGAGCAACAAGUGCUUCUACGUCCAGUGCCUCGGCCAAAGCUACUGCGCCCGCCUCAUCCACGUCAAACAUAGGGGAUGGAAGCUGAGUUCGAUGAUUCGUCGUUUUAAACGAGCAAGGCAAAUCCGCGAAGAAAGGACUGGCAUUUAUGUAUGUUUUUGCCACCUUCCCUGCUACUGGUCGUUUGUUUGCUGCCAACACUGAUCCAUGAUAGAUUGCGACGCUUCAUCCUCCUCUAUCCAUGUCGUCCUAUGUGUCCAUACUCUCUACCACGCCUGUUUUGUACUGUUCUGUCACACACACACACACACACACACACACACACACACACCAGCGUUUAUCCUUCUUCCCCCGUUUGUCCGGUUCCCCGUUCCUUCCCGAUUCAGUAUGCCAUUUGUUUGUAUUAGUAAUUUAUAUACGCAAAUACUGGUGAUAAAAUAGUGUUACGAAGGUACGAAAAGCGGAAAAGCACGGUUUGUCGCGAAAUGAUAAAAAGAAAAAAGGAAUUAGAAUGAUGGAAGACUAUUAAGUGAACACAAAGCACGGAGUAGCGAAUGGAGUAAUUGGAAGGAAAGAAACGACGAGAGAAACGAUGAUGAUUUCCCGCGGCACACACUGAUAACGAGACGGCUGGCCGGCCUGCUUCGGUGCGGGGCUUCGGUGUGCCGAUGCCUGUGUAAAUAAUUAGCCUAACUGCGCAAAUAUGUUAUUUUUAUCGAGUAAGAGCACAUUUGUUGUACGUUGCUAAUCAAGAACGCUACACACACACACACAAACGUUUUUUAAGUGCUUCGGACACGUGUCACGCGGCUUUGCGCUGGGCGACGGAAAAGCGAUUGUCAAGUAAACCGUUGCCAAGGUGAUCAGAAUCAUUUCCCUUUUUUCUUUUUGGCGAGAGAUGCUGCUGUGUAGGCGACGACGGUUUAGGGAUAAUUUAGUGUGCGUUUUAAUAGUUUCCUUACUCCCAUUGUGUGUGUGUGUGUGAGCGAUUGUUUUUUCUUUCCUUGUAGAUGCUUUAAGUUUAUAUGAAUAAAUAGGAAAUUUUCAAAUUUUUGUACACCAAUGGAGGGAAAAGGCAAGCGUGCGGUAGAACGAUUACGAUCACACGAAGCAUUAUUAUGUCGGCGAGACUAGAGCGUUAUAAAGAUGUAUUAGUGCGAUAAUGUGAGAGGAUUAUUGUUUUUUGGAAAUAGAAUUCUAAAAAGAAAGGCUUGAAAUUAUUGUCAUUUUUUACCGGUGUAAGACACUAAAAAUGAUGUAGAAAAGGAGGAUGUAAUAAUCAAAUCUACUGCGAAGAAGCUCGGUGUACACACUUUCAAAUCACAAUAAGUAAGUGACUGCCGGACUGCUGGACGGUUUAAGUAAAUCAAUAAACCUGGUUUCGACACACGA